AUGGAAGAAUUGCUACGUGAAACCGGACUUGACUCCCAAAGAGAGGGAGAGGACAAGAGUCUUAGUAGUAGAGAUAGAAGAAAGAAGAGGCAAAGGGGAGCAGGAUCUGGUAUUAAGGUUCGGACAGAUUGUCAAGCUAAAGAAGGAACGUGGGAAACCAGGCCUGAGACAAUACUAGGGGGAGAUAGAGGGGAUAUUGUUGUAAAUAGUGGUACAGGAGCACCUAUUUCUAUUUCAAAUACACAAAGCAUUGUAAAUAAGUUAGAUGAAUUUGAAGCCCUAAUAGACGAAUUGAAACCAGACAUUAUUGGUAUUACAGAGACGUGGGCAAAUGAGAACACUCCAGACAGUUUGUUCACCCUAAGAGGGUAUGAUCUUUUCAGAAAAGAUCGGGUAGGAGCACAGGGAGGAGGAGUACUAUUACUGGUCCAAAACAAUCUCCAAGCAUCGACCUGCCCAAGACUAGAGGUUAGCGAGUUUGCUGAAUCAGUAUGGUGUGAAAUACAACUAACUGGAGAGGAUGUUUUACUCAUAGGAGUGUGUUAUCGAUCACCAGCUAGUACACAGGAGAACAAUGAGGAGUUGAUUGAUCUAUUCUCUAAGGUAGCAAUUGGACAGGAGACUCAUGUUCUGAUUAUGGGUGACUUCAAUAUACCUGAGGUUGAUUAUGUGAACUAUUGCACCAGUUGCAGCCCAAUGUCAUUCCACAGUAGGUUCCUCGACAAGACACAGGACAUGUUUCUAUUGCAACAUGUGACGGUACCGACAAGAUAUAGAGAAGGUCAAGAACCGUCUAAGCUUGAUCUGAUCUUCACAAAUGAUGAGAAUAUGAUUGAGGAAGUGAGUUGUUUGGCACCCAUCGGGAAGAGCGAUCACAUUGGACUAGCAUGGACGACCGUAACACACCUAGACCCAAACAGCCUGAAACACAAGUACGAAGGCCGAAACUACUGGAAAGGAGAUUAUAUAUCUUUAAACACAGAAAUCAAAGCCACUGAUUGGAAGACAGUAUUGGGAGGUUUGGACACCAACAGUGCUUGGCAGGAGUUGGAGCAAAGAAUUGAAGACCUUAGUAAGAGGAAUGUACCAGAGAAGAGACCACCAAAGAAGAACCAGAGACCAAGAUGGCUGACCAAGCCUGUUCGAAAAGCAAUACAGAAGAAGAGGGAAUUUUAUUUAAAGUACUGUAGACUAGGCAGAGAAAAAGAUUAUGCCAAUUAUGUUAAACAGAGAAACAUCACUUCCAACUUGUGUAACGAUGCCAAGAAAAAUUAUGAGCGAGGUCUUGUUGAUGUAUUCAAAAGCGAGUAA